AUGUCAUCUUUGACCAAACUUCUGCAAGAAAAGCGAAAAAAUGAGGCCAGUACGGGCUCUGGAGCCCCAAUAAUAACGCAACAACGGAGUGCGCAAGCAGUGGCAAAUCUCGAGACUCCAGAGGGCAUUCCUGAGGAAAAAGGACUCGAAACGGAGCUAGUGGACGGCCCUCAAAGCUUGGGAUUCAGUACAAGCUUUAUAGCGUCGAACUCGGCGCAUACUGCCACGUUUGGUGAAAGUUUCAAGGACCGGGAACGGCCAGCUCCCCUUACGGUCGAGUCACGCGGAGGGUCACUUUUGACGGGUCAUGGCGAUUUCAAUGCUCCACCACCAUCAACGUCAUCAGGAGGAUCGUUAAGCAAAUCAAAAGCGAUCCCGUCUCUUUCUUCAAGCAUACCGUACUCGGUACCCAAUUCUAACGCCAGCACCGCAACUGUGACAGCCGGAACCGGAGCCGGAAUUGGUUUCGGACCCAACAGCGCUGGCGCAGGCACCAAUAGCUCUGCGUCGUCGUUUUCGUCGUCGUAUCUCGAAAAUAACGGUCUUAUGCCACACAACAUUGCUGCCAUCGACAGCAACGUCAUCUCGUCGCCAAAAGUCGAUACCGUGGAGCCCCGAUUCAUCAUCUCCAAACAAAAGUUCCAAAAAUCCUCUCAGAAUAAUGCAGCAAAUCUUUACUCGAGCUCACAAACGGGUUCUGUGCCGAGAUCAAGUUCCAUUUCCUCGCAGCUAGGUAAUUUAUUCCUCAACAAGAAUCCUAAAGACCCCACCAUCACGACCCCCACUCAGGCAUCCCAAAAUAGAGACAUUCCAGCCAAUUCGCAGCAGUCUUCAGCAUACGGGUCUUCCAUCCCCAAACCCAUGCGUGCCAGACGCAGCUCCCUUUACGGGAGCUCCAGGCAACCGUCGGGCUCAUACCAGGACUCUUUCAUCGGAUCGCCGUCAUCUUUGCACGAGCAGCAUCCUAACCAAUAUAUACCGAGAUCGCGUCAUUCGUCUUUUGCAGACAUCAAAAGGUUUUUCAGGAAGGGUCAGGGCCAACAAUUGAGUGGGUCUCCAAGUACCCCUCCCGUAUCCGCUGGUGGGAACAUAAGCUCCCACACCUCUAACGCUUCAUCCUUCGAGCCGGGAUCCUACAGCAGCACUGGAGACACCAUAUACACUAAUCAAGCGUCCCCAGCGCUCCCAUUUUCCAAAAGAUAUGCUAAAACAGGAGAAAACCUUGGUGCUGGAGCAGGAGGUGCUGUGAAACUGUACAAGAAGACCGCGGACAAUAAAGUCGUUGCAGUCAAAGAGUUUAGAAGCAAAUUCGAGCACGAGCUCAAGAGAGAUUACGUCAAGAAGAUAACGUCCGAAUAUUGUAUUGGUACAACUUUACGCCAUCCAAACAUCAUCGAAACGAUUGAGAUCGUCUACGAAAACAGUCGCAUAUUACAGGUGAUGGAAUACUGCGAUUACGAUUUGUUCGCAAUUGUUAUGAGCAACAAGAUGUCGCAUGAGGAAAUUUGUUGUUGUUUCAAGCAGAUUUUGACGGGUAUUCAAUAUUUGCACUCUAUGGGGUUGGCGCAUAGAGACUUGAAGUUGGAUAACUGCGUAAUUAACAAAGAAGGUGUUGUUAAGUUAAUUGAUUUUGGUGCGGCUGCCGUUUUUUCGUAUCCGUUCUCCAAGACUUUGGUCGAAUCCUCCGGAAUUGUGGGAAGCGAUCCAUACUUGGCACCGGAAGUCUGCAUUUUCUCAAAGUAUGAUCCCCGGCCCGUCGAUGUUUGGUCCGCGGCCAUCAUCUUCGCCUGCAUGGUUCUCAAAAAAUUUCCUUGGAAGGUUCCCAAACUGAAGGACAAUUCAUUCAAGCUGUUUUGUUCAGGAAGAGAUUGUGAUUCUUUGAGCGCCCUGGUGGUGCGGACUCCCGAAAUCAAUUUCGAGCCUCCUUCGUAUGAUAACGCUUUGAGCGAGAAUGAUAAUGCAGCCGCUCCAACGACACAACCGGCCAGUAAUAACCCAUCCGAUCCAAACAACCCUAAUGUGGGUCCGCAGAGGCUAUUGAGUUCUUUGCCUGAAAAAUGUCAGCACAUCAUUGGCCGUAUGGUUGAUUUGGCGCCCGCGUGUCGUGCCAGCAUAGACGACAUCAUGGCAGAUCCUUGGAUCGAAUCGAUCGAUGUGUGCGAAGUUGUAGAUGACGGCUUUUCCAGCAAGCUCAUACGGGGUGUUGACCACAAACACACCCAAGUUGACCAGAGCGAAGCCCACAUCGCGGGUCUUGAAAAAAAGAAGAAGAAACAGAAUCGUUAG